GCAAACGCAACAAAGAAGAAAGAGAUGAGUAAUGGCGCCAACCCGAACGGUUCGGAUCUGAGUCAGCAUAUGGCUGAUUUGGAUUUGACCAAGACCAAGCCCUCUGGAGGUUCUCGAUAUGUCCCUCCCCACUUGAGGAACCGCCAGCCCUCUGGGCCCGCUCCACCUUCCGGUGGUCGCACUGCUGCUCCCCCCGUCAGCGCUCCACCCCCGUCCAGCAACGGUGGUGGUCGUGACUUUGGCAGCUCCCGGCCUCCCCGCGGCAGCCGCGAUGGCUCCCGUGACAUGGGCGGCAGCCGCCCCCCGCGCGACGGCGGGCGUGGUGGCUCGUGGGAUGUCCAGCCUCGCUUUCAGCAAGAGGACUGGACCAGGCCCCUGAAACGCAACGAGCGCAUGGAAGAAGAACUCUUCGGCUCAAACCAUCGCACGGGUGGCAUCAACUUUGAAAAGUACGAUGACAUUCCCGUCGAGGCCUCUGGCAACAACGUGCCGGCUCACAUUUCCGAGUUUGCCACCGCGGGCCUUUGUGAGCUCAUGACGGGCAACCUUGAGCUCGCUCGCUACACGGUACCCACCCCCGUUCAAAAGUACUCGAUUCCCAUCGUCCAAGCCAAGCGUGACCUGAUGGCUUGUGCCCAGACGGGUUCGGGUAAGACGGCCGCCUUCUUGGUGCCCAUCCUCAACCGCGUGUACGAGACGGGACCCGUCCCGCCCCCACCCAAUGCGCGCCGCAGCCAGCAAUUCCCCGUGGCUUUGAUCUUGGCCCCCACCCGUGAGCUUGCCAUUCAAAUUUAUGGCGAGGCUCAAAAGUUCUCCUACCGCUCUCGCGUCCGCAUCUGCUGCGUCUACGGUGGUGCCUCCCCCCGCGACCAGAUUCAGGACUUGCGCCGCGGUUGCCAGCUUUUGGUGGCCACUCCCGGUCGUCUGGUUGACUUUAUGGAGCGUGGCGUCAUUGGCCUCGACUCGAUCCGCUUCCUCGUCUUGGAUGAGGCUGAUCGCAUGCUGGACAUGGGUUUUGAGCCCCAAAUUCGCCGCAUUGUUGAGGAAGACAACAUGCCUCAAGUCGGCAUUCGCCAAACCCUCAUGUUCUCGGCCACCUUCCCCAAGGACAUUCAAAUGCUGGCCCAGGACUUUUUGGACGACUAUGUCCAUCUUUCCGUUGGCCGCGUCGGUUCCACCUCGGAGAACAUCCAGCAGAUUGUGCACUGGAUUGACGAGGCUGACAAGCGGCCCUCGCUCCUGGAUCUGAUCUCGGCAGCCAGCUCUGAGGACCUCUUCCUGAUUUUCGUCGAGACGAAGAAGGCCGCUGAUGCCCUCGAGUACUACCUCACCAUGCAGGGUCGCCCCGCCACUUCCAUCCACGGCGACCGCACCCAGUAUGAGCGCGAAGAAGCGCUUGCCGACUUUCGCGCCGGUCGCCGCCCCAUCCUUGUGGCCACUGCCGUGGCUGCCCGUGGUCUGGACAUUCCCAACGUCAAGCAUGUCAUCAACUUUGACCUGCCCUCGGACAUUGAUGAGUACGUGCACCGUAUUGGCCGUACCGGUCGCGCUGGUCACAAGGGCACGGCCGUCAGCUUUUUCAACGACAAGAACCGCAACGUGGCUCGCGACCUGUUGAAC